AUGUCACAGGCCCCAUGUGAGCGGAUUGCAACACAUGCAGCUGCCUGGAGAGAAGGAGCCGGUGUCCUACGUCAGAGCUGCCGCCGCGGAGCCGCCGCCGGGGAGGAGCAGCCGCUGCCGCCCAGGACUGGGCCCUUAGGCCCCGCCGGGCCGCUCUAGGGAGGAGGAGGCGAGAAGAUGGCGGACGACCCCAGUGCUGCCGACAGGAACGUGGAGAUCUGGAAGAUCAAGAAGCUCAUCAAGAGCUUGGAGGCGGCCCGCGGCAAUGGCACAAGCAUGAUAUCAUUGAUCAUUCCUCCCAAAGACCAGAUUUCACGAGUGGCAAAAAUGUUAGCAGAUGAGUUUGGAACUGCGUCUAACAUUAAGUCACGAGUAAACCGCCUUUCAGUUCUGGGAGCCAUUACAUCUGUACAACAAAGACUUAAACUUUAUAACAAAGUACCUCCAAAUGGCCUGGUUGUUUACUGUGGUACCAUCGUAACAGAAGAAGGAAAGGAAAAGAAAGUCAACAUUGACUUUGAACCUUUCAAACCAAUUAAUACAUCAUUGUAUUUGUGUGACAACAAAUUCCAUACAGAGGCUCUUACAGCACUACUUUCAGAUGACAGCAAGUUUGGCUUCAUUGUAAUAGAUGGUAGCGGUGCACUUUUUGGCACACUCCAAGGAAACACAAGAGAAGUCCUACACAAAUUCACUGUGGAUCUCCCAAAGAAACAUGGUAGAGGAGGUCAGUCAGCCUUGCGUUUUGCUCGUUUAAGAAUGGAAAAGCGGCAUAACUAUGUUCGGAAAGUAGCUGAGACUGCUGUACAGCUGUUUAUUUCUGGGGACAAAGUGAAUGUGGCUGGUCUUGUUUUAGCCGGAUCAGCUGACUUUAAAACUGAACUAAGUCAAUCUGAUAUGUUUGAUCAGAGGUUGCAAUCAAAAGUUUUAAAAUUAGUUGAUAUAUCCUAUGGUGGUGAAAAUGGAUUCAACCAAGCUAUUGAGUUAUCUACUGAAGUCCUUUCCAACGUGAAAUUCAUUCAAGAGAAGAAAUUAAUAGGACGAUACUUCGAUGAAAUCAGUCAGGACACGGGCAAGUACUGUUUUGGAGUUGAAGAUACACUAAAGGCUUUAGAAAUGGGAGCUGUAGAGAUUCUAAUAGUCUAUGAAAAUCUGGAUAUAAUGAGAUAUGUUCUUCAUUGCCAAGGCACAGAAGAGGAGAAAAUUCUCUAUCUAACUCCAGAACAAGAGAAGGAUAAAUCUCAUUUCACAGACAAAGAGACGGGACAAGAACAUGAGCUGAUUGAGAGCAUGCCCCUUCUGGAAUGGUUUGCUAACAAUUAUAAAAAAUUUGGAGCUACAUUGGAAAUCGUCACAGAUAAGUCACAAGAAGGAUCCCAGUUUGUAAAAGGAUUUGGUGGAAUUGGAGAGACAACCAACAGCUCAGAUUCAUCUGGAAGGCACCCAUCUAGCAAUUCUGUCCUCCCAACACAGCAUUUUGACUGGUCAACCGAGCACAACUACAGUUCAGAGUGGAUAAAAGGAGCUCCCUUGGACUCUGUACAAGAUCCCUGUAAUUGAUCCAGCACCUGCAGAGAAGAAUAUACACACAUAAUGGAAUUUCUCAGAGACUAGGGCGUCUGCCCCUGCUCUUAAUAUGUCAUCUGCAGGACAACGGCAUUGGAAUGUGGACUAUAGAUAAAAAGUAUUAUGUCAGUGUUAAAUCUCCUGUAUUUGAUAAUUCUACUGUGGUUAUGUAAGAGAAUACCCUUUUCUUAGGAAAUCUAUAUAUUGAAGUAUCAAGGGAUUUUAAAAAAAAGAUGAAUUCAUUAAGGAAGAUUUUGAAAUUUCAGAAAUGUAGAAGAAAAACAUCAUUUAGCUAUCUUUUAACAGUUUAGAGUCAUCAUGAACAUCCAUUAUGAAAUAGUGCAAUAAUGAGUGUAGUGUUUAGGUUUGAACUGGUUCACAAGGUAUUUGAAUCAACUUUGGUUUGAAUCUUAAUUCAUGGGUUUUCACUGAGAAUUUGGGUUUGACUCAGAGAUCAUCAUUUAGAAGUUCUGCUACAGGGUUUAUAGCUGAGGAGAAAUCCUUACCCAGUCAGCCAGUGGGUCUGGGGGACUGCCUGGGAGUUGGGCCCAGACUAGAAAGAGCAAAAGCAGGGCUAAGAGAGGAGCACUAUCACAUGCCUCAGGAAUAGAGUCACUUUGGGGUGGGGGGGGUCCCUGGUAGAGCAUAUGACUCUUGAUCUCAAGGUUGUGAGUCUGAGCUCCAUGUUGGGUGUAAUCUCUACAAAAUAA